CUCUUGUUUUAAACCAUGCAGUUGCAAGAAAAGUACAGAAUAGUAAUUUCCCUAUGUCUCUUUCUUUCUCUUUUUUCUUUUUUUUCAAUUCCCUCUGAUGUAGAAUUUGAAAUCCUACACUUCUGCAACUCACACUACUACCCAAUUCCCAUUAUCACCUGUAGCAAACAAAAUGGAAGAACCAAUGCUACACCUUAUAAUGGAAAAAGGUCCACUUUCUGGUCAAAAUCUAGACUACAAACCCGGUUCAAAGAUCCAUAUUGGUCGGGUCAUCCGUGGCAAUACAAUCUCUAUCAAAGACCCUGGUAUCUCCUCUAAACACCUCAGUAUCCAUUUCGAAUCCGGGUCAUGGGUCAUCAAUGAUCUCGGAUCCUCAAACGGUACGUUUCUCAACACUGUCGCUAUUGACCCGUCUCAAUCCACUAAACUUACCGACGGUGAUGUUGUAAAAAUCGGCGAAUUGACGUCAAUUAAAGUCAAAAUUUCAGCAAUGGAGGUUGACCCAGUUGAAGAAAUUGAGCCUAAGGGUAGAAAUACUCGACGAAACACCAAGCGUAAGGCGGGAUUGGGGGUGAUUGAUGAAAAUAGUGAGCUAGGGUUUGGAAAUGUGGGUCCCAAAAGAACGACUAGGAAUGCUAAGAAUUUGAAAAUUGAGGUUGGAAAUGUGGAUGAAGUUGAGAACUUUACUGUAAUUGAAGCUGAGAAAGAGGGGAAAGGGAAUUCGAGGAAAACUCGAGGUUCUAAGAAAGUAGAGAGUGUGAAUGAAGCUGAGAAUAUUGAUGUAGUUGAUGUUGAAAGAGAGAAUAAACGGUGUUCGAAGAGGACUAGGGGUUCGAAGAAAGGGGAGAGUGUUAAAGAUGUGGAUGAUGGUGUGGAGGAAGCUGAGAAUAUUGAUGUUGAAAGAGAGACUAAACGUCCGAGGAGGACUAGGGGUUCUAGGAAAGCGGAUAGUGUUAAAGAUGGGGAUGGUGGUGUGGAGGAAAGUGAAAGUCUAGCUGUAGUUGAGGUGGAGCAACAAAGGAAACCUAGUCCGAGGAGGACUAGGGGUGGUUCUAGGAAAGUCGAGAGUCUUGGUGUAGUUGAUGCAGAUAGAGAGAGGAAACCGAGUCCGAGGAGAACUAGGGGUUCUAAGAGAGCACAGAAUGUGGAGGAAGCUAAGAGUUCUGUAGCAAUUGAUGUUGAGAAAGAGAAGAAAGUGUGUACGAGGAGGACUAGGGGUUUAAGGAAGGAGAAAGAUGUGGAAAAUCUCCAUGAAAAUGUAGGUGAAUGCAUGGAAUUGAAGCAACUUGGGAAUGGGAAGGGGAAGGGAAGCACUACAACAACGGUGCGUUCGGAGGAAGAUGGGGCGAUGGAGAAGUUGGAAAGAGACCAAAAAGAUUGUGAAGAAACAGUAGAGGACAAUGCCGAUAAAGGAGUUGAAAGAAAUGUACUUGAGGAGGUGGCAGUUAGUAAUGUUGGUGAUGCAAACACGAGUGAAGUUCAAAUGGAGGAGGUUGUGGAUUUAGAGAAAAUGACACUUGGAGAGUGGUUUGAUUAUUUGGAGGUUAAUUUGCCAAAACAAAUAAUUGAUGCCACUGAGGAGAUGAUUUUAGGUAUGAAACAGAAAGCAGAGAAAUUUCAGGAGUUCAUGUUGCAGCAGAAGAAUGCAAAUGAUUGUGAUGGAAUACCAAAGGGUUAGACUGAGGAAUCAGUAGUGAGGUUUACAUUCUUAGGCUUGCAUUGCUAUUUCAAGAAAAAGGAUCAUCGACACAAAUAACUGAUAUAGGCGUCAUGCUCUGAAGAGAAUAUACCCUAUUUCGACGAAGUAUCUGAGAUUUAUAGACUAUAGUAGGUGUCUAUUGAUAUAUCCAGUUGGGGUUCAAGCUUCUUUUUGCUAAUUGUCUGGCUGUGAUCCUUGCGGAAGUAGCAUCUGCCAUUGGUACAGUUCUGAGUUUGAUGAAAGAAAGAAGUGCCAGUUGCAGGAUAAUGGAAAAUCUGAGAAUUCAUAUUUGCUCUAAUUAUGAUGUUCCACAUAAUUAUGAUAAAAUUGAGUCAUUUUCCUUGAUAUGAUGGUGGUGGUCAUGCAGAAAGAGGAUGUCCUUGGGACGAAAAGUUUUCAUACUUCAAUGGAGCCUGAGAUUCAACAACAUAAAGAUUAAAGGCUGGUUUAACAGUAUAUAAUCAAUUUCAGAAAUGACAUUGGCAACUGGGAGGAGGAAGCAGUAGACCUAAAGAAAAAGUUUGUCUUGCAAACUGAAGGAACAGGAUGUUAUAAUGCAUGUUCUGGCAAAUGGCAGUACAUCUGGGCUGAGGCUUCUGAUACUAAAAUUGUUUAGGCUGACUUAUUAGAUUUUGGUCUUUGUUGCAUCUUUCUCAACUUUGACAUAGAGCUGCUGUUUGUUAUGCAUUUAUAAGUGCUUGAGUGCUUCACUUGUACAUACUACUUGCUCUAAGAAGAUUUGCCUUUGUUGAUGACUCAGUU